AUGCAAGGGAGUGAGGACGUGGUGGUGAAAAACCCUUUUAAUUUACCAACUUAUCAGAGACGAUUGCGUCAUCUGCAGAGCAUUGCCAUCCGCAAUUUGAACUGUCCUGGGGAUCAGGAGAUCGAUCUGUGUAACUUGACAGUUUACUUCACUUUACACAGAAAGGUCAAACACAAAGCAUUCUACACAAGUGAAAAAAUUACAGGAUCAUUGAAUCCAACAUGGCAGAGCUUUGGACUUCAGAGGAGUGAUGCAAAUGUAGAUCUUGCAGCCAAAUCUGUGCUGGUGAGAAUAUGGUGUGGCCAUGGAAAUGUGUUUAAAGUAAAAAUUGAAGCUGAAAUUAAUUUUUCAGGCCUUCUGUUCUUCUCUAACAAGCUUCAGGUGCCAGGAAUCAAACACCAGACAGACACCUUGCUGUUUGGAUUGUUUAACAAGAUCUUCAUCCACUAUGACAAAGCAUCUGGAAACCCUCAGCUGGAGCAGCUGAUACCAGAUACAGAGGUUGCUAAAAGAAAUAGCCUUGGUGCUGUGUAUGUAGAUCAAUUUGCUGUACGACCAUCAUACAGUACCAGCAAUCUCAAACGAAUUCACAUGGUACAGAGGGCAAUUACUCAGACUCUAGCCUCAGUGAAACGUGUUCAUUCCAGUAUAGAGGACAGGCUUCUGUCGUCAAAUGAAAACGCUGAAAAGCUUUCACAACGAGAGGUACUUUUGGUGAAGGUGAGACAACUUCGCCAAGAACUUCUGUGGCAGACGCAACAGAAGCAGGUGGAGCAGGAGAAAUUAGAAAAAUAUCAGGCAACACAAAAUGCAAGAUUAAACCUGGUUAAGGUGAAGGGGACGGAGCUGCAGCAGUUGGCAGUAGACACUGAGGAGAAGAGAACUUUGCACAUACAGUCCAGGGAAAUGCUGGUGAAAGAGAAUGCUCAGGUGUUAUUUCGACGAAAACAGAUCAUAAGGGAAAUGGUGCAGGAUAUUUAUCCCAUUACUGAGGAUGAGAAAGGUUUCUACAUUUGUAAUGUUCGGCUUCCGAAUGCAGAAGAUUAUCAAGGUCAGGAUGAGAUGAGGGUGUCGAUUGCCUUGGGUUUUACCUGCCAUCUGACCCAGAUGAUUUCACACUUCAUGGAUUUGCCCCUGCGGUAUCCGAUGGUGUACAGAGGUUCACGCUCAACGAUUAUUGACCAUAUUCACAGCAAGCUGACCGAUAAGGAUAGAGAAUUCCCACUGUAUGGAAAAGGCAAAGAAAAAUUCCAGUACAACUACGCAGUCUUUCUUCUGAAUAAAAAUAUCAGCCAGAUGAGAUUUUACUGUGGCCUUGGGACAAAUGAUCUCAGGCAAACACUACCGAACCUGAAGUCACUGUUGGAGCAGAGACUAGGAGUUCGAUUAAGUACCAGCCAGGAGCACAGAGGAGAUGCCUCCACACUACAGUCCCCACCCCAAACCAGCAUCGCCGGAUCUCAAGCUAGCAGAGUCAGUCAAGCCAUAUCAAGCAACGCCUCCAGCAACCCCAGAAAACAUACAGCCCCAGAAACUGACAACCAGGCGCUCACAAUCUCCAGGUUGACAUCCGCAACUGGGGAAGGCAUUAGCCUGAAUAAUUUGAGUGAUAACUCUUCUUUAAGGACAGCUUCAAAGAUUGGCCAUAGCAUGUCUUUCCCUCAAACCACUAAUACACAGGUGAAAGUUGCAUCCUCAGUACAUGAGAACUUCAACUACAGUCCUCAAGCAAACUCUGCAUCUCAGAACAGUCAUGCUGCCUCUGCCGAAGGCACUUGUAUUCCUCAUAAUUCCUCGGGGCACAAAGAAAGCUCCCCGUCCAGCUCCCGGACCAGAGAUUCACAAGAGAAUGACAGGGUUAUCAAGGAAGAAGAUGAGACUGAAGACAUAUUUAAACCUUCAGAAGACAGUUUUUUCCAGGUGAGAAACCAACCAGUUGUUGAAGUUUUCAACAAAAUAUUCCAAGACAUCCAGAACAGUAAUGAUAUAGCAUCCUCCAGUUUUAGCAACACGGAAAACUCACUGGACAGUGCCCAACGAAGUUUUAAACUGGUGAAAACUUCUGCAGUGUCUUCCAGUCCCGAGUCAGACCUGCCUAGUAAUGGCAAUCAAGUUGAAGGGGUAGCCAGCCCGAAUGGAUACCACACACAGACUGCUGACUUCACCUACGAACAUAUAGCUCAUGGUAAUGUUUGUGGCAGUGAGGGCCAGUCUGAUAGUCCAGAUGAUAUUCCUGUUUCUUCGUUUGAUGAUGGCAACAUAGAAACAUCACAGGCAUGA